AUGGCGGCCUCAGCCAGAUCGUCUCGAGCUCUACUCUUCAUGCAGCACUGCCGCCGCUCUAUCCCACGCCAACCGAUCUCCUCGAUCCGACACUCGUCACCCUAUGCUCCCUCAAAUUUCACCCAACCAGCCUCCAAAUCACACAUCCGACCUGCCUUCGAGUCGCAAGCUGAUAACAACAACACUCCUCCCAGCCGACGUCCACACUACGCGCACCCGCUCGGACAAGGUCUCAUAAACCGGAACAAAAUCCCGCGCCUGACACCAUGGGCACGCCUGAAGAUGCUAUUUGGCUGGCGGCCGCCGCCACCAGACUACAGACCAGCUCCAUUCCGUGCGAACAACAACCCAUACCGGGCGCACAAGAAGUGGCCACCGGAUUUCAGCACCCUCGACCCUAAGCAGCAGUUCCAUUUCGAGAAGACGUACCGUCGACGUGCGGCGUUGAAAUGGGCCCGCCCCGCCUGGAACAAGAGUAUCAAGAUUCUGCAGCAGACUCUCAUCACAUUCACAAUCAUUUACUUCGUUUUCAUACUCGAGCCGACACAUGGGCAGGGAACGCCGUUUGAUGGGUUCCGUAUCUGGUUCUUUAAUAAACUAGGCGAAUUGAGUCAAUUGCCUGAUGCUACAAGACAAGAGGCGGACAAAUUGAGAGAUGAGGCAAAGAAGAAAACGGUCAAGUCGGUGGAUAUGGAGACAGAGAAUUCUCCUGUUCCGCCUGGCGCCUCCUGA